GCCAAUCAGGCCAAAACAGUUCCAUUGACCAGCAAGUCAACUAUAUCAACACUUCUGCAAUCAGUGCACCUCUUCCACUCAUCAUUUCCCAAAUUUACAAAAGCAAUUUCAUGAUCAGCUUCUUGAAUUCUCUGCUGAUCUCUUUGUUGAAAGGUUUUUCCGUCUUCGCAUCCUCCUUGUAUUUACCUUUUCUAUAGUACUAUUGUGCCUCCCCUCUGUUGUAUAGUAAACUUAUGUUCUAGAUUGUCAGUUGACUGUAAAUUUGUCAUAAUAAAGUUGCAGGAUGGCUGCUGAUUUAGUUGUUUCUUUUGCUGUAAAGAUAGGAGAAUUAGUAUUUGUACCUAUUGGGAAAUCGUUUAGUUACCUGUAUGAUUAUAACAAAAACCUUAUCUCUUUUCAAACUCGAGUUCCGGCUUUGGAGAAUACUAAGACUGAGAUUCAAAGUUUAGUUGAUGAGGCAAAGAGAAAUGGAGAACAUAUUCUACCUCAGGUUGCAGAACGGCUUACGAGUGCAGAUGGAAUGGUUGAUGAGUCAAGAAACUUUCUUGGUGACCAACAAGGUAGCCCAUCUUGUAGCAACGUAGUUUCACGCUACAGGAUUAGUAAGAAAGCCAAAAAGAGAACGUUGGCUGUUAAUAAGCUUUUAGAAGAUGGUAAGUUUGACCGUGUUUCUCGACAAGUUCCUCCGCCACUGUGGUCUGCCUCAACAGGUGAUGUGGAGACUUUUGACUCUAGGAACUUAACGUUUAAAGCGAUUAUGGACGCACUCAAAGAUGAUACCAUAAAUGUUAUUGGAGUAUAUGGUAUGGGAGGUGUUGGCAAGACCACUCUUGUGAAAGAAGUUGCUAAGCAAGCUGGUGAACAAAAACUAUUUGAUGAAAUGGUGAUGUCUGUCAUCUCUCAAACUCUGAAUGUGAGGAAUAUCCAAGGUGAGAUUGCUGACAAGUUGGGACUGAAACUUGAGCAGGAGAGUGAAUCUGGAAGGGCAACUCGAUUAUGUGAAAGGUUGAAGCAAUCAACAAGUGUGCUUUUGAUACUAGAUGAUGUUUGGAGACUACUAGAUCUGGGGGCUAUUGGGAUACCACACAAUGACGUCCAUAAGGGUUGCAAAUUGUUGCUGACAUCACGGAGCAAAGAUGUUUGCUACGAGAUGAAUGCUCAAGUAUGCGUCCCUGUAAACGUCUUAUCUAAAUUGGAUGCUUGGAACUUGUUUAGCAAGAUGGCAAAUAUUACCAAUAAUUCAGACGUACAUCUGCUAGCAACUAAGGUAGCUGAAAGAUGUGCAGGCCUACCAAUAGCUGUUGUAACUGUUGCACGAGCUCUUAGGGGCAAGAGUAAACAUGCUUGGAGUGAUGCACUUGGUCAGUUGCAAAGCCCUCCUCCGAGAAACAUUAAAGGCAUGCAAAAAUAUGUAUACUCAUCGCUUGAAUUGAGCUACAAUUUUUUGGAAACAGAUGAAAUUAAGUCUUGCUUCUUACUUUGUAGUUUAUUUAAAGAAGAUGUUGAGAUUCCAAUUGAAAUGUUAGUUAGAUACGGAAUGGGGUUAAGGUUGUUUCAGAAUGUUUAUACUUUAGAAGCUGCAAGAGACAGGGCAUAUGCGUUAGUCGAGAGCCUCAAAGCUUGUUGCUUGCUAUUGGAUGGUAAAAACGAGGAGUAUGUUAGGAUGCAUGAUGUUAUUAGAGAUUUUGCUAUAUUAGUUGCAUCUAGUGGUCAAACUAUGUAUCUGGUAAGACAUGAUGUGCAAUCCUUUGGAGGUCAUACAGGUGAGCCUCUCACUCCUUUUGCUGCAGUCUCACUUGCUUCAACUAACAUUGCUGAACUUCCCGGUGGCUUGGAUUGUCCAAAACUUGAAAUUCUGCUAUUACAAUUUCACUCUGACUCAAUUCAAAUUCCUGGGAACUUCUUUGAAGGGAUGAAAGAACUUAAAGUUGUAUCCAUGAGUGACAUGCCUAUUUUGUCAUUACCUUGGUCCGUUAAAUAUUUAUGGAAAAUGAGGACAUUGUGCCUUGAGAGGUGCAAGCUACGAGACAUGUCAUCAAUCGGAGAGCUGAAGAGCCUUGAAAUUCUAAGUUUUGUUGGAUCUAAUGUAAAGCGGUUGCCCGAGGAAGUUGGACAACUAACAAGGUUGAGACUUCUAGAUCUGACUGACUGCGAAGAGUUGACCACAAUUCCACCCAAUGUGUUAUCAAAGUUGACUUCACUGGAGAGCUUGAAUAUGAUGAACAGUUUUGUGAAUUGGAGUGGUGAAGAUAAAGUAGAUAUGCAAGGAAAUAACCCAUCUCUUAGUGAGUUGAAAAUGUUGUCUCGUUUAAGAUCCUUAGAGGUGAAUAUCCUGGAUGUCAAUCUCAUCCCCAGAGAUCUACUCUUGGAAAAUCUGAUCAAAUUCAAGAUUUAUGUUGGAAGUUAUUGGUUGGUUAGCCUUACUCAUAGAUACUCGACAGCUUUGAAACUCAGAAUUGACGAAGGUACUAUUAGUUUACCCCACUGUAUCACCCUGCUACUGAAACAAGCUCAGUACUUGAUCCUAGAAUACUGCCCACAAGUCUUAAAGAAUGUUUUGUACAACAUGAGAAGGGAACACUUCCAAAACCUCCGGGGGUUAGUGCUAUACGGUAACUCUGACAUUGAAUGUAUAGUUGACACAGAAAUCUGUAAGCCAGGUGUUCUCUUUCCUUCUUUGGAGAAGUUGGAAGUAGUUUCUAUGGAAAAUUUAAAAGAAAUAUGCCACGGCCAUCUCCCUACCACAUCAUUCUCGGCUCUGCAGGAAUUGGAUCUAAAAUACUUGCCUAAGUUUGUUCGUUUGUGGAAGGAAGGGACGGAGGGAGAAAUUUGCCUUGUCAACCUAAGAAAUGUAUCUAUACACACUUGUCAUAAAUUGCAAAUUCUUUUUCCACUACACACCGCCACAGAUAGAGGGUUGCUCCAUUAUCUGUGUAUAUUCAACUGCGAGAUUCUCCGGGGGAUAUUUUCAGAUAACAUUGCGAUUUCAGGUGAGGAAGUGGGUGAGAUUGUACUCCCCAUGCUGAAGACCUUGGAACUUUCUCUUUUGCCCCAACUAAAGACUUUCUGUCCCACAUUGAAUGAGAUAUCAUCUUCAGAUGACAGCCACGAUAUGCCUCUCUUUGGUGGUAAUGUAAAGUUUCCAGAAUUGCAGGAACUAAUACUGAGAGAACUGCCAAGAGUGAAAUCGUUAUGGCACUGUUACGUAUCAAAUUGUUGAGCGAAUUAUAGAGAAGAAGAAGACCAAAAGAGAGGAGGAAGUUAUAUCAAAUCAUCGCUGCCCUUCUCAUUCAUCUACUGAUUACUUAAGUACAACUAGACAUGUUCACAAUAACCCCCUAUACUACUCUACUCUACAAUUACACUUCAAGUCCCUCUAUUAUUUAACACCUAACAAUACUCCCCCCAUAAAAGAUUUUUGUCCCCAAAAAUCAAAAAGAAAAAAAACAUUGCUAAUCAAGGCUAUCAAAACCAAACUUGAAAAAUUCUUCAUCUGCAUGAAAAUAAGCAACAAGGUUGGAGCA